AUGGCGACGCCGAUCAGCAGCUUCGCCGUGCUCUUUUUCAUCGCCGAUCGGCGCAGGGUCCUCGGCGUUCAGAGAAGAUUACACUGUAUACGCCGACGCCUCUGCUUCAAGAACUCCGGGGACAGGGUGAGGCACUGGGUCACCGUCAACGAGCCCAACAUAGAGACCAUCGGCGGCUACAACAUGGGCAGUGAACCGCCGCGGCGCUGCUCCUAUCCCUUCGUCGAAAACUGCACUGGCCGGAGCCGUACGUCGCAGCACACCACCCCCUGCUCGUACACCCCUCUGCAGUGUCCUUGUACAGAGACAAACUCGGUCACGCUGCAGGCAACUCAAGGAGGCCAGAUUGGGAUCACCCUCUUGGGCUGGUGGCAUGAGCCUGCCACCAACACGUCACAGGAUGCAACUGCUGCAAUGAGGAUGAACGACUUCCAUAUCGGACGGUUCAUGCAUCCUUUGGUGUACGGAGAGUACCCUCCGGUGAUGAGGAGCAGCGUGGGUGGUCACCUGCCACGCUUAUUCCGUGGAGGAGUCGGCGAAACCUCCUAUCCAACUCCUAUUGCUCGCUACUUGUGGCAAGUGGGCAUCAGCUCCCUAUCCGCCCUUUUCGGCCAUCCUGUGCCCGGCCUUCAUCCCGCGCCCCUCUUCCCGUACGAUCGGCACACCAUCUCGUGCCCUCCAUCCCGCACUAGCCCAACCAUCCUUUCUUAUGACCACGCCAUCCACGUCGUCGAUCCGGCCGUGCAACUCGCGUUCGGGAACUUCUUCCCCGUCACUGAGACGAGGUGGCUCCUGCUCCUGUCUUAG